AAAUUAUUUUAAUUGGUUGUUUUUGUGUUUUUAAACAAAAUAAACAAUAGCACUUAUAUCAGGCGCCAUCUGCUAUGGCAAUAAUGACUGCUAUAGCAGUUAAGUGGCUGCUAUUGAUAAACUGCCACGCUAUGGAAGUUGUCGUAGCGGGCUUCCAAGACACCUAUUUGUGCAUGAACAUCCUUCUAAGAAUAGCAGCUCUGGAGCAACAUAGUCAGGAGUAUAGGCAGUCUCAAUUCUGCUGCCGUGCUUGACAAUUGAGCCCAUGUCAGAGAGUAUGACAUUCAUUUUCUGAAACAUAGCACAUGGUCAGCAAAAUGGUUAAAACAAAAUGAGAACAAGCAUACGUGGUAGUGUUAGUUUUAUAUUCUCACCUCAUCCAACAAUACAUUUUCUGGUUUGAGAUCAACAUAAACCAGACCAGCCUCAGAACAAGCUUCUUCACUAAUCCUCUUUCCUGUUUUUGUUUUAUGUUUUAAAGGCUUUUCAGAUUUCUCCUUAACAAGAAUUUGUUGGUGGAUGUGAUGAAGAGCUAGAGAUAUUUCUCUCAAUAUUCUUAUAGAGUCAUCCAAUUCCAAAUCUGUAAUUUGAAAUUAGUUAGUGAUUGAUUAAUAGAGAUCUAUGAUUGGUUUCAAAAAAAUAAAUUGUAGAACGUAAAAUGGCAUGUGUGCUUUGUAACAAUCAUGCAUGUGAACCUUUAAAAUGAGACAUUGUACACCCUACAUGAUUACCGUUCAUGUGAUUUGACAGGUUGUCCGAGUAUUGGGGCAAUAGUAGACACAGCUUUUCAUCACCAUACCCCUUCAGCUUGAUGAUGUUUUGAUGGCAGAAUAGUUCCAAGUGCUUUUCCUUUGGCACUUCGUUGAUUCAUUGUGGGCAGCUUAGCUGAUUCCUUUUCCGGCAACUCUCCCUCCUCUGCCGAUGAAAAGAAGUAGAAACCCCUUUGCAGGUCUAGGGUAAAUUUGAUUUUAUGGAGUUUCCAUUAGUACCCUUUGUUCCAACAAAUUUAAAUGUAGUAAAAACUUGAUAUUUUUUCAUCAUUUUUAAAAUUAUUUUGAAGCAAAUGUAUUUAGGUAGAAAUGGAUAUCAUUUCUAAAUUUGUGCCUUUUAAAACUAUGAGUGUGUUUGGUUUUGGUUAGUUUUAUUGAAGCUAUACGUUAUAUUUGUUAAGUAGCUACUACUGGAAAUAUCAACAUAUAAUUUCAAGGGUUGAAAUUAAUUAGGAAAAGUGUU